CCCCGAGGAGCGCCCAGCCCGAGCGCGCAGGCCCGCGGCGAUGGCGACGACGAGGCCGUCGCCGACGACGCUGCGGCGUUCACCGGGUGUCUCCGGACCAUGCUGGACGCGAGCCGGCCGACGCCGGAGCUGGAGAAGUGGGUGCGGCGCUGCCUGCAGGACCUGGACGACACCCUCGCGCUCGCCCUUCCUGAGUGGCGGGCCGAAGACGAGGGCUGGUCCAUGGCGGCAUACGGCAGCUCCCAGAGCGGCUUCGGCGUGCGCUCCUCGGACCUGGACAUCACCCUCCACAGGGAGCCUCCCAAGGAAGACCGCGCCAACAAAGACGACGCGGUGCUGGUGCUCAAGAGCAUCAAGAGGGAGCUUCAGAAGUGCUCGAGGCUCUUCACCACCACGUGCGCGAUCUUCAGGGCCCGCGUGCCCGUCCUGAAGCUUCGGUACAGGGAGUGGCUGGACGUCGACCUCUCGGUGCACAACACCCUGCCCCUGUGCAACACGCGCCUGCUCAAGGGCUACGCCUCCUUCGGCAGCCACGUCGUGGAGCUUGGACUGGCCGUCAAGCUCUGGGCGAGGGGGCACAAGCUCUGCGGGGCGGACAUCGGCCAUCUCUCCUCGUACUCCCUGCUGCUGAUGGUCAUCUACUUCCUGCAGGUGCGCCAGCCGAGGCUGCUGCCCAGCCUGCAGCGCGCCGCGGCCGACGACCGCGCCUUCGGCAGCGACCGCUCCACGAG